GCUGCCACCUGCACCCCGGGCUAUCCCACGCCCUAAGAUCCCGGGAAUGCUGCCCCGCGCCGGCAGCCCCCGGGGCGGCGGGUCGGAGCCCGGUGGCGGCGGGAGGCGGAGGCGGGGCCGGGACGGGCUCCACCCCGGCCCCCGGCCCACAUAGGCCGGCCGGGAGGGGCCCUCGCCCCCGCCGUCCCGAGGCCCCACGGAGUAUCCCGGCGGUCGGAGGAAAGCGUGGGGCAGGAGCUGCGGGUGGAUACGUGGAAAGGGGGUGCCUGGCUGCGGGGGCCCGGCCCGGCCCCGUCCCGUCCCGGGCGGCGGGAUGCUGCGGCAGCGUUGCGGGCGGCUCCUGGCCCGGCUGGAGCAGGGGCUGCAGCUCCUGGAGCUCGGCGGCAGCGUGGAGGAAGACUACAUCCGGAUCGCUCGGAGCUUUGAGGCGACGCGCCAGAGAUGCUGCCGGCUGGAGCAGGACGGGCGUCGUGCCCGCGAGCAGCUGGCCCGUGUGGAGGCCGAGCGGGCAGCGCUGGAGGUGAAGCUCAAGCACGCCCGAAACCAAGUGGAGGUGGAGAUGAAGAAGCGGCACCGGGCGGAGGCUGAGCUGGAGAAGCAGGAGCGAAAACUUCAGCUGGUCUUUGAGCUGCUGAUGCGGGAACCAUGGGGCAACGAGGCACUGAGCAGGGAGCAGUGCUCUGUUCUCAGUGCCCUGGCUGGCCGGCGCCUUGGGGCAGCCUUGGCACCCAUCAGGAGGUCAUCUGCAGUGGACGAGUCGUGCCAGUCCCUCCUGUCCCACUCGGAUAUCAGCUAUGACCGCACUGAGGAUGAUGUGGAUGUUGAGAUGACGGUGGUGCAGACCCUGAAGCGCAAAGCUCCGGACAGGCAGCGUGUGUCCCUGGCCCCUCAGGUUGGCCCUGUGGUGAUGGCAAAGCGGCACCGCUCUUCUGUGGUACCCCAUAAUGCUAUGAGUGUCCCCUCUAUGCCCCCUCCUGCUGAGGUCCCAGGCCCUGCUGACAGCCUCCUGCCUGCUGUUCUGGUGCCUCAACGCCGCUCUCGCCAGGGACAUCGUGUCUCCACACAUGCAGGUCUCCCUCCACGGCCUCCUCCAUCUGCAGAGCUGACCACAGUUUGGGGCACCAGUGAAGACCUGGGCUGCCAUGCUGUGGGGCAGGAGAGCCACACUGAGGGCAGCUCAGCGGGACAGCCAGCACCAGUCCCCUUCUCACCUCCACGGAGUCUCCCCCCAGUCCAGCACAAGUUCACCUCCAAAACGGUGAUCCGCCCUGAGCCGUGUGGUGUCUGUGGUUCCCGCAUCCGCUUUGGGAAGACUGCCAUCAAGUGCUGCCAGUGCCAGCUGCUGCUGCACACCAAGUGUCAGGAGCAGUGCCCCAGCCUCUGCAUACCCAGGCCUCACCAGCACGCCUGGCCCCGGGAGGGUGUGCUGGCUGACUUCGCGCCCUCCACGCCGCCCCUGGUGCCCGCGCUGGUGGUGCAGUGUGUGACCGAGGUGGAGAAACGAGGCUUGACAGAGACAGGGCUGUACCGGGUGCCAGGCGCGGAGCAGCUGGUGCGGGAGUGGAAGCGGAAGCUGCUGCGGGCUGGGGGUGCACUGCCUGCCCUCAGCAGUGUGACUGACAUCCAUGUGGUGUGCGGGGUGCUCAAGGAUUUUCUGCGGGGACUCAAGGAACCAUUGGUCACCUUCAGCCUCCAUCCUGCCUUCCUGAGGGCUGCUGGUGAGCAGGGGUUGCCGGUGAGGGAGGGGGAAGGGACUGCUUCUGCCCUAACACUGCUCCCUGGCGCUGCCACAGACAUCCCCGAUGAUGCUGCCGGUGACACGGCCCUGCGCCAUGUGGUAAGCAAGCUGCCCCCAGCCAACAGGGAUACCCUGGCCUUCCUCAUGCUGCACCUGCUCAGGGUCUCACACAGCCCUGACUGCAAGAUGGAUGUGCUCAACCUGUCCCGUGUGUUUGGCCCUACGCUGGUGGGACACAGCUCAGGCAACCCCACACCGCUCGCCAUCAUGGAGGACACGCCUCGGCAGUGCAAGGUGGUGGCUCGACUCCUUUCAUUGCCACCCAGCUUCUGGAGAGGCUUUGUGGAGACAGAGCAGGAGAACCUGGUGCCAAUGCCAGCCCUGGGAGGCGAAUGUGAACCCUUCUUCCAGCCCACUGCCUCUCCGGAGCCCAAGUUAGGCCAGCUGAGCCCAGCUGGUGCCUGCUGCCUCCCCAGCACCCUGAGGAGCUGCGUGGGCAAGGCCAGCCGGCCCCCGCAGGGGCCAACCCCGAGGAAGGUGGGCCGGUUCUUCCCUUCUCCUGUGUAGCCUGCAGCAGUGGCUCCCUCGGGACGGGAGCUGGCACUGGAGGAGGAGCAAAGACUGCAGGACCAGGCAGCUGCCUGUGGGGUGACAGUGCCGAGCUCAAAGCUCUGCUCUGCUUCCCUGGGGACUGGGGAGCAGAGCUGGCUCUGUCCAGCUGUGGUGGCAGGGACACUACACUAGUGCUUGUACUUUGAAUCAGGUUUGUAUUAAAUGUUUGCAGCAAAACACACCUGGCUGUGGCUGCUGUCUGUCCUGCCCUGCUGCUGCCACGGGCUGGGGCUCACUGGAGCUUGGCUGUGCAGCAGACAAGAGCUGAGCAAUGCUCCCCAGAACCUCUGCUUUGGGAGGGCAGGCAGAGCCCCCUCCCACCCGAGCUGAAGCCCUGUUCUUCAGCUCUGACGUCCUGGAUGUGGGAGGCCCCUCUCUGAACCCAGAUGUUGGCCUCAAGUAAUUGGAGCUGUUACUGCUAAGGGCAGGACAACCUUAAAGUGUUUCCAGACUUCCUGGCACCUCAGUGGAGGCCUCUUUAACUCCUUCCUCCCCUUCAGCUCAGGCAGUGCUAGAGGUGCACAAGGCCCAAGCAGGGCUGGGAUGUACAGCUCUUUCCCUCCGAGAGGGGGAAGCAGGAUCAUGCUGUGAUAGCAAUGUCCCAGGAAAGGCUUGUUCCCCAGAUAACUCUGCAGAAGGGGCAACCAGUGCAGAGGGCAUUUAGGGAAAAGAGGCAUUACACAACGGGGAUAAGAACGGCCCCUGUGCCACAUCAAGCAGCCAAUAAACCUUUGUCCCUAUU